AUGAUUUGGCAGAAGUACGCUUUGAAUCCUACGUUUACUAUUGUGGAAACAACGCAAUGGUCGACUGAGAAAGUGGCGUUUCCCGCGCUCAGCGUGUGCGAUCCACAAGUCAUUUACGCCCCGAAUGCUAAAAACAUCUCCAACAUACUCCGUCUCCGCGGCUACAACGACACCGAAGUGGAUCAGUUCUACCGAAGUUUCUCGAACAUCAAGAAGGCGGACUACGUACCUCCAGACUACAUCAAGAAGAUGCACUCCACCCUCGAGGACUUGGGCUACAAUUACAAUUAUCUCACUAACGAGAUGCGAACCCCAUGCGACAUGCUGCUGCGCCGCUGCGAAUGGCGCUCGAAGCAGUUCGACUGCUCCACCAUGUUUAGGGACGUGUUCUCAGUCGCCGGACACUGCUGUCAGUUCGACUUGCAGUAUUUCAGGGAGAGUGCGGGGAGAGAGGUGGAAUUCACCUCCGGGAUCGACAUCUCUGAGGCACUGGACAUACAGAUCAACGUCAUUGGUGAUGGUGGGAAUGAUGGCUUGGUGUUUAUGUACAUAUUCGACAGUCAAAACGAGCUGACCCUCCUGGACAGUUCCAUCACGCUGAGUGCGGGCACAUUCUUCGACGUCACCGUCGACGUGUGGGUCAUUGAUUCCUCCAAUGACGUCACAGCCUUAUCACUGAGGGACCGCCAGUGUUUUCUGGAAACGGAGGGUAGUUCGUACCAGAGUUGUACCAUGCAGUACAUCAUGAAGAUUGUUAUAGCGGUGUGCAAGUGUAUACCUUUCAAUUAUGCAGUUUCACCACCUAAGCUUCAUAAGGAAUCUUUUCCUCCUUGUAACUGGCCGAAACUGAAGUGCGUCUAUGAAACUUUAGAUAAGACACUAUCAGACAUGCGUCACGUGAUGUCAGCUCUGCAGUGCUACCAGAAGUGCGACUACACGCAGUACGAGACUGAAACUGAGCUGGUGAAGAGGGAGAGGAAUAUGAAGAAAGUAGACGAGACCUACUGCCGGGUAACCGUACAUUUUGGUGACAUGACCUGCAUGAAGUACCGGCGAGAGGUGCUCUACUCCUGGGACCAGAUGCUAGCCAACCUCGGUGGCAUCUUUGGCCUGUGCCUCGGAGGGUCCAUAGUGAGUGUCAUCGAAGUGUUAUGGUUGCUGGCGGAUAUGCUGUACACGGCUCUAACGUAUAAGAAUAUAUCAGUCUCAGUACAGAAUCCUAAAUUAAAGCCGAAAGAAAAUGCUGAUAGAAAGCUAAAGUACCAUGAACAUUUACCGUAUAUUGAUUGA